UUCGAAACCCUUUAUAAAGCCACUCAGUCCCUCCUCCAUUUUCGCAUCACUUGUUUUUUUAUUUCAUGAUCCAUUAAUUUCCAUUUUCAUCUCCAACUUUUAUUUUUCUGAGAAAAUGAUGAAUGGAAAUGGAGCGGCGACGGUGGCGACACCAAAAACUGGUCUGAAAAAGAUUACGACGAGUGACAAACACGACGGGAUCUGCCAGGACAUGGCGGCGCCGACGGUGCAGGUUCAGACUAUUGACGAGCUGCACUCUCUUCAGAAGAAGAGAUCGGCUCCGAAUACGCCGAUUAAAGGGAUUCCCGGUGCUUUGGCUGCCAUUUCUGAAGAAGAACGUCAAAAUAAUCAGCUGCAGUCCAUCAGUGCAUCACUGGCAUCAUUAACAAGAGAAACAGGACCAAAGGUGGUGAGAGGAGACCCAGCAAACAAGAGCAGCAAUAUAACAACUCCAAAAGCUCAGCACCAUCAUCACCAUAUUGCUGCCCCAACUAUCAGUAUCAGUGACAGUUCUUUAAAGUUCACUCAUAUUCUCUACAAUCUUUCUCCUGCAGAGCUUUACGAGCAGGCGAUAAAGUAUGAGAAAGGAUCGUUCAUUGCAUCAAACGGUGCGCUGGCCACACUGUCUGGUGCAAAAACUGGGCGAGCUCCAAGAGAUAAGCGUGUCGUCAAGGAUGAUGAAACAAGCGACGUGCUUUGGUGGGGAAAGGGCUCACCUAACAUUGAAAUGGACGAGCACACUUUUAUGGUUAACAGGGAAAGAGCUGUUGAUUACUUGAAUUCUUUGGACAAGGUCUUCGUCAAUGAUCAAUUCUUGAACUGGGAUCCCGAGAACAGAAUUAAAGUUCGGAUUGUCUCUGCUAGAGCUUACCAUUCACUUUUCAUGCACAACAUGUGCAUCCGACCCACUCCUGAAGAGCUGGAGAAUUUCGGUACUCCGGACUUCACUAUAUACAAUGCUGGCCAGUUCCCAUGUAAUCGUUACACUCACUACAUGACAUCAUCUACUAGCAUAGAUUUGAAUCUAGCUAGAAGGGAAAUGGUCAUCCUCGGCACACAAUACGCCGGGGAAAUGAAGAAAGGUCUGUUCAGUGUCAUGCAUUAUCUCAUGCCUAAGCGUCAAAUCCUAUCCUUACAUUCUGGCUGCAAUAUGGGAAAAGAUGGAGAUGUUGCUCUCUUCUUUGGAUUGUCAGGUACCGGAAAGACUACUCUGUCUACUGAUCCGAAUAGAUACCUAAUUGGAGAUGACGAGCACUGCUGGACUGAGACUGGAGUGUCAAAUAUUGAAGGGGGCUGCUAUGCUAAGUGCAUUGAUCUGUCAAAAGAAAAGGAACCUGAAAUCUGGAAUGCCAUUAAGUUUGGAACUGUGUUGGAAAAUGUGGUGUUUGAUGAACACACUCGAGAGGUGGAUUAUGCUGACAAAAGUGUUACAGAGAAUACUCGAGCAUCCUACCCGAUUGAGUACAUCCCUAACGCAAAGAUACCGUGUGUUGGUCCACACCCGAAGAAUGUCAUUCUUUUGGCAUGUGAUGCAUUUGGUGUUCUUCCACCUGUGAGCAAGCUAAACAUGGCACAAACCAUGUAUCACUUCAUCAGUGGCUACACUGCUCUGGUGGCUGGAACAGAAGAAGGUGUUAAGGAGCCGCGAGCGACAUUCUCUGCUUGCUUUGGUGCUGCAUUUAUAAUGUUGCAUCCCACUAAGUAUGCCGGUAUGCUUGCUGAUAAAAUGGAGAAGCAUGGCGCAACAGGAUGGCUUGUGAACACUGGCUGGUCCAGUGGAAGCUACGGAUCAGGUAGCCGUAUCAAGUUAGCAUACACAAGGAAAAUCAUUGAUGCAAUUCACUCUGGCAGCCUCUUGAAAGCCAAGUACAAGACAACUGAAAUAUUUGGACUUGAGAUUCCACUUGAAGUUGAAGGAGUACCUUCUGAAAUUCUUGAUCCUAUCAACACUUGGUCGGAUAAGAAAGCUUAUAAAGAUACACUGUUGAAACUUGCUGGUCUGUUCAAGAAUAACUUUGAAGUUUUCACCGAGUACAAGAUCGGCAACGAAAAUAAGCUCACCGAGGAGAUCCUUGCAGCUGGUCCGAAUUUCUAAUCGCCAGAAGAGUCUGAAAAACUUGGAGAAGUUAGACUGAUAAAAUAAAAAGUUAGGUUUAAUGUUUAGUCAUAUCAUAUAUCCCAUGAUAUUAUAUGAAACUGCUUUCUUGAUUAAUUUCAUAAGAGUAUUCCACUUUGGGGUCUGCUGCAAUAUUUGUAAAAUUGUAUUUGUUCUUUCUACUACUAAAGUGCCUAUUACGGUCUCAAA